AGGGCAUCUAAUGUAGCUUAUCCACAGCAACACAACUCCAUAGUUAGUGGACCUAUCAUCGCAUCUGGGCCUCAGGGAAUGGGUGGCCAACAGAAAAACCCUGACCAUGUGCAGAUGAUACCUGAUGUUGUAGCUGAUAUAAGGUCUAGGCCUUCUGUGCUAUCUAACAUAGCUGAUCCUCAGAAUCACAGCUCUGGGCUCUCAAGAGCUCCUAUGCCAUUUAGGUUUGCUCCUUUCCAACUUGAUGACAUACUGAAUCAAUCUACUAUUCCAAGUGAUAGCAGUUCUCAGAGGAGUGUUCAAUUCCGAAACUCCCAAACUGAACAAGGGACACCAGAACAACAAGACUACGUUGUCAAACGACAUGGCAAACAACUUCUAUUAGGAGAGUCAUCGUCGCUGGCCAAACGCUCCAAGAGGAAUUCAGCAGCUUCUAGUAGUACAGAAGUCAACAGGAGUACUUUUGAAUCUCAAGAAAAAGAAAUGGAUAUGUUGUCUAACCUUUUCUCUCCUUCUAAUGCAAGGGAAAUGAAAAAUAGUCUUUAUGAUCCAGCGUUUGAGGCAAUUGGCCUGCCUAUUGACCCCCAUCUUCGAAUGUUUCAAGCAAGCAAGCAAUUCCUCCAAUGAAGAGAUAGUGGGUUUUGGUCACCUUUAACUUGUCUGGCAAGGGUUAACACUUGCUAUAAUAUCCUACUGUAUUAAGGUCAACUAAUAAAUAGACAGUGUAACUCUGACAUUAUAGUCCAUCAUAACUGUUUAAGGGCAUAUUCCUA